AUGAAUCGUCAUAGCAUCACUGCUUGGGCCCUUGAUAUCAUUGAUGAACUUCAAAGAAUCGGCAUUUUGAAUCCAGGCAACGAGAAGGCCGCAGAUGAUCUGUUUCGUGUGUACCAAAAUAUGGUUCAAUUUUAUUCAUGGGUGUCCACACGUCCCAGAGUUCAUCCAACUCAUGCUCAACGACCUAUCCGACCACCUUGGACACCAAAUGAUAUCUUCGCAUCAGCGCACCAAGUCUGGACUGAUCUUGAGUGGGAAUUAAGGCUAGAGAAAGAUAGCGCAUUUGUUGAUCAGAUGAUUGACCAUCUCGGGUGGUUUUGGAAUAUCAAAAGCAAUUUAGUCAAUCAAGCCCGCCAUACUCGGGGUCUUUCUGUCCUUCCAAGCAUGGAAACAAUAGCAGAAGCGGCAAACUAUGCCAGAAUUAGCAGCGUCGAUCGUGCAAAUAUAAUGCAAAUUCCAGAGGCGAGAACCAUACCAUCGGGUAGUCACUUUCCUCGUCCCAUGGCGCCUGCUAGCAGGGACAAUCCGAGAAAUGUAGAAACUUUUUCCGCAGGGUACAGCACAAAACGAGGAAACUCAAGCGAUAAUAUUGUGCACCCAAGUCGAACAUAUUCGUCCGGAAUUCCAUCUAUACUGCAACCGAAGACGGGCCAUCUGCAACUGCCAAAAUAUUCUCAAUCAGUUCAAGAGCAACCUCAUUCUACAAUGCCAGUCACCCUAUCGGUCAAAGGUAAACAGUCGCCUAGCUUACACCCUGGUGUACAGUACCAACCACCCACCGCUCGAGAUAAGCCAUCGCGCAAUAUUUUUAAUGUGGCGGGUGAUAGUUAUAACGACGGUAUAGAAUAUUCACAAAUCUCUCAGGUUCCUGUGGGCUUCAUCCUACCUGCGCCACAGAUUCGAGAAGACAGGUACCCUAACAGAGCUCAGGGGUUUGGUGGUGGAUCCAAACGUCCUAUGACUAUUACACCAGCUCUCGAGCCAGUUUUUAGUGGUCGAGAAAACCAUGGACAAGAUUUGCCGACCUCUCACGACGGGCAAAUAGCACAGUCUCAUAGCGAUACAACACGCACCAAGACCGGAAAUCGUUUCUCUGACACCAGAAAUUCCGUCAGUGCCCAAGACAAAGAUGUGAUUGUAAUCUUAGACACGCCGUCACCGAAAUCGACAACUACACCUAUCGAAAGCCUCAGGUUAAGAGAUCACGGUCGCCAUCCAAGUUCUCCUGUCAUGUCUCUUGAAGAUGAAUAUGAAGUCGAACAUUCUUCCUCCGCAAGAAUACCUUCUGUACAUAGCCUAGACACAACUAUGCAUUCUAAGUUUCCGGUCAAUCCUGGGACACCUAUCAAUAGUCCUGACAAUCAACGCGAAAGAUUGGAUAGCACGGGAGGAAAAAAGCAGAAAAGAUUCACUGAUACUAGUGGCAAGAAGCUCAGUGCCAGGGAGAACGAUCUUAACACACCCAGGGGAAGUACAUCCGUUUUUACGAAUGGCAGUCAGUGCAAUACGAAAAUUAACAAUAUCGAAAAAGACAAGGAGACCAGGCCUAGUUUUUUCAAUGUGAAGCAAGGCGAUAAAACUAAUCACUUCCAAAAAGUCAAUGCGAAAAGGCCCGAACCUAUUAGUGAGGCUGACAAUACUAUUCCGGACAGUCAUAACAAAAGGCCGAAGAUUAAAAACAACCCCACAACUUCCCCUUCUGAUUAUGCUUCUCCCUACACAAAUUUCCUCAAACAGUACCGGACAAGCAACCUUGAUAGUUCUACAAGCUUGAGAGUCAGUAAACAGUCUGGAGAAGAAAAUGUGGUGAAAAACAAAGCUGUUGGCGGUGGGCACACUGGCGACACAACUGGCGGUGAAAAGCCUGUCGGCGAGAAAGUUCUUGAUGAAAGCAUCAUCACUAGCAAACCCAUAGACCAUAAGUCUAUCAAUGAAGAGCCGGCUAGCGUCAAAUCUAUCAUCGAGAAAACUGUCAGCGAAGACUCUACUGGUGAUAAACUGAUGGCCGAAGCACCGAUUGUAGAGCACACUAUCAGCGAGGAGACUUCGAGAGAUAAACUCGCCUCGGACAAACCUGCGAACGAUAAACCACUUCCUGCGAAGGCCAACAAGUCCAGGUCGCUAUAUCGUCCUUUUAGCAUGAGAUAA